AUGGAGCAGUCAUUCAGUGUUGCCUACUCCAGAACCAACACCCCUAGACUUGCACGAAGACCUUCGCUGGCGCAAAGGCUAGGGUACAGCUUGUUCCCUGCCGCCGAACCGACUCCGCCACCUACUCCGAGUGUUACCAGGAAAUUGUCCCGUGACCACUUGAUCGGGUCAACGCCAUCGACCAAACGAAGCUUUUCAUUCUCAAGUAGGGAUCGAAAGCACGCUCUGAGCGGACCCUACCGCGCCUCACGGCAGACGCCUGCUGCCACAGUCAGAUUCAUCCAGCGGAAACGCAGUCAGACCGACCCGGAGCUGAUGUUUAUGUUGAAGGAAAUGCCGGUCGACACACCAAAUACGCCGUCCGCGUCUAUACCGCACCCUGCCGCGAUAAGCUCUCCCAAUGAAGAGUUCGAACAAGCCAAAGUGGGCACCAAUUCGGACCAGGAGGUCUACAUAGUCUCCUGCCCACUAACUCCGUCAAAUCUUCAGACAUGCGAAAGGGUCUCACCUCCGUGGCCGAAUGAGGGGCCUGCCGCUUCUGCUCCAGAAUUGCAUGGUCCUCGGGUCACCGAACCAUCCUCCGACAAGGCGCAGCGACCACCCACUUCAGCAUUUUCGCGUGCAGGACUGCAGGACUCGGGUUUGAAAUCGGUCGUUGAGAGUGCAGCUAUACCAAAGCAAGGUCCGCCACCGCCGCCGAAGUCGCCUCGAUUGCGCCUGCGAGAUGCUUCGGACCUUUCUCAGAGCUUACGCGAGGAGUCAUCAAGCUCCGGUGGGAGUUCGAUGCGGGCAAACAUGGCCACUGUGCUUCCCCGAGCCACGCCAUACGUGGUAAAGGGGUCUGUAUCUGUGCAGAAGUGCAACUUGUUUGGGGAAAGGCGACGACAUGGAGUCGAAGAACUUAGAAAGGCUGCGUCCAGCUUUUCGCCGCCGUCCAGUAGAUUCAGCGUGCUCGCCACACAGCAUCCGGUGUCUCGAGAAGAAGUCUCCGGAGGGACACCAUUGCUGCCUGCAGACAUCAACCUCCGUCAGCAGCCGGCAAAUGCAGUCAUUGUCAAGGGCGAUGCUCAACCCGGGAAACGGAAUAGGGAUUUGUACUCGGCGCAAGCGAAGAAGACCACAGACGACCCAUCACCGGCUGGUCACCGCACUAUGCCGCAGCCUGCGACUCAUGCUGACAGGGAUAAACCGAUACCGGAUCUGCCGUCCCGCCCGUCAGAUUGCAAGUCUCGAACGCAGGACGAUUCACUCGAGACACUGACUAGUUUGUCUUCUCAAACGGAAGCUCUACACCGACGUUAUGCAGUCCUCCGUUUCGAGCGCCAAAGGAUGUCUGCGGCUAUGGUCGCGAAUCUAAAGGAGCAUUGUGAGAGAAACAACGCGAAUGCUCUGCUUGAACAGCACUUGUUUCUAGCAGCCAUCAACAGCUCAAUUGACAUCUGCUUUGCGAAGUUGAUGUCGUUGGAAUGUCGUAAAGAGGCAGCAAUGAAUGCACUCGCAGCAGCAUCCCCUCGCGGGCACUCGAACGGCGGAAGGGCAUCACCCGCCGCCACCGCGAGGCCGUAUCCCAAUAAUCCGGGAUGCUCAACAAUGGAUGUCGCCGUCGCUACCGCUCGUGGAUCGUCACUGGUCGCUAAGGUGAGGAAAGACUCCACGCUAUCCGUGUGCGAGUACCCUGAGAGCAGGGAUGAUCAGGUCCGUGGGGACCAGACAGGCUGUGGCGCGGCAGAGAAGCACGCUUCAAUCCAAGACAAAAGAGUUUUCUCUACCAGCCGACUGAUCCAGACUCACCCUUCUCCGUCCACAGACUCUGAGGAGGAGCACCCACGAAGGCCUCGCAUCAAGGGCGCGAAAGCGGCGAAGAUUCUUGGCUUAGAGGACGCGUCUGGUGCGGGAGGUGGCCGCCAUCAUCAUGUCACUUUGCCACUGCCUUUUCCGGCACCAAAUGUGCCACUACCGAAGCCGCCCUCGGUCGAAUGA